AUGGAAACCGUGACGGUUGUUGUCGAGUGGUGCCUGUGGCACUCCCUGUUCGUGUUGAAGAUUGUGUGGUGGGUGCUGCGCAACCACUGGCCGGCCGUGUUGCUGGUGCUGAUUGGUGCGGUGGGCGGCGUGAUCACGAGACCCUUGUGGAGCAUUGCGGGGCGAUUGAUCGGGGCCGCGUUCCGCUUUGUGUUCAAGUGGCUGACUCUGUUGAAGGUAUGCGUAAGACGGUACCGUCGCUUCGUGAACGGUCCAUCUGUGCAAGGCAGACCGUCCGCGGAGCGUCGAUGGAAGGCGUUUGAAGCAAUAUGGGCCACGCCCAUGGUGGUGCUCGAGGCCCGAGGUGAACAUAAGGAUGGCUUAGGCUGGCUACUGUACAAGUGGCUGGAUGCUUACCACGCUCUGCGGUGUGUGUUCCUGCCCGACGUGCUCGAGCUGGGUGGCGAGUCUACCGUGAAGUACUGGCGCGGAUCGAGGGCCGAGUGUCGGCGCUCGGUCGACCGUGCCUGCUGUGUGGACCGUGGAUUGGGGGCGUUCCUAACACUAGCGACGUAUGCCGCGUUCUACACUGUCAUCUACGUGUAUGACUUGGCCGAGAAAGCGUGCCAAGGAACGGUGGGUGUGGGCGUGCUACGCCUGGCCCUGAACUACAUGUUGGCGGACGGUGGGCUGACUGCCGACGGUGGGUUGAGCCCUGAUGCAGUCGUGAUGCAGUGGAGCUGCGUGGUGGCGGCGUCGGGAGUGCGUUCACCUGCGAAGAUGGCGGAGGAGAGCUACGCCGACUGGCUCCGUGACGUCGAGGAAUUGCAGCAAGCCGAACGCCUGAGUGAAGCAUUCUGGUGUGCGGACGGGUGCGUCGGAAAACCGAAGCCGGUGCGUACCCUGAGCGGGCUGAGGGCGGAGCAGCGUGCCCUGCGCGCGAAGACGAAGACGACCAAGGAGGAAGAGGACGCUCGACGAGGACGUCGAGUCUCAGUCGGGGAGGAUGUCCCGAGUGGGAACGGUGGUCACCGUCUCGGGUACGGUCGUAGCCGUCCUCCGGCAGCCAGUCAAUCAGCGCGUGGACUGCUACUCGAGGAUCAGCUGUUCGAGGAUCAGCUGACUGAGCAGUCAUCGGACUUUAGCGAGGAUUAG